GACGCGCUUGCCCCUUCCCUGCGUGCUGUGAAUUGUGAUCCAAACUCUAAAGCGGCCGGGACAGGACCGAGCGACCAACUCCAGACGCCCAGCAGGAGCAGAGAAUGCUGCAGCACGACUUCCCCACCUGAGCCACUUCGCCAGUCCAACUGCACCGGUGCUGCAUGACUGCGGGCAUCUCCACCAACUUCCCCCUUGGAUCUGUGAGUCGGCUGAGGACCAAGACUUGGGCUGGGACUGCUGUCAUCCGCGUUCGGCCACAGGCACAUGCCGUCAACCCAUUCCGCCAUCCACCGCCCACCAUGAGCAUGUUCAAGCGUGCGAAUGCCACAUAUGAGGCCCAGAACAAGGCCUCGCAACCCGCAAAACCACUGGCCAAGCAGCUCUUCCCCUCGAGCAGCCCGAGCCCCAGGCGUGACGCCAGCAUCAAAGACCAGUUCCAGAUGAACAAUGGCUCCUCCAAGUUCAGCCAGUCCGCCAACCCCGCCGGACCUCUCCAGCCUCGGACGUCCAAUUCCUCGCAACCGAUGAACCCUCCGCAACAGGUCAAACGUACCGUCAACAGCAAACCACUGGGCUCGCUGUACACCAGUCAGAACUCGUUUGAUGAGGGCCCCGAUGUCAUAGAUCUGACCGGCGGCGACACUCAAGCUCCGACGCGGGUGCAUGCAGUGAACGAAUUCGACUAUUUCGACGAGGACGACUUUAGUGACGAGGUCGAUCUGGAUUACGAAUGCCCUUCCGCUCUCCCACCCAUGAAACCCGAGUCCACACCCGCAAAGAAAACCAUCCAAGCGCCUCCCACCGAUGAUACCAGCGUGCUAUCCUGGUCCCAGUCCUCGCCCACUCACUUCAAAGCCGCCCAGCCUAUCUCGCAAUCGACCGACUCCCAGAGGACCGCCAAACGAGCCUUCACCGAAGACUUUGAUGCGCCGUCAUCUAAGCCCAUUGCGAAGAAGCGAUCCUUGCCACCGCAGUAUAUUCAGAAAAAGGAUCAGAGGAAAAACAACCAUGUUGAACCGUCUCCCGAGUACGAUGUUUCCACUCCAGCUACGAAGCCUCAAGCAAGGCCGAAGGAGUCACGGACGUGGGACCUCACGCCUGGUGCUAUCAAGGAGCAGCAGAAAUUGUUGAAGAACAAAUCCAAGAAACCUGUUGGGUCCGAUGGCCAGGCAUCGGUAGAGGAGAUGCAGCAGGCUGUCAAAUCAUACACCGUCAAGCAGUCAGCAAUCGCUCUGAGCAACGAGCAGGAGCACGUCAAGAAGCUAGUAUGCGAGAAGGGCCAGAGCGUGUUCUUUACCGGUCCAGCCGGAACCGGAAAGUCCGUCCUGAUGAGAGCUAUCAUCCAGGACCUCAAGAAGAAGCAUGUAAAGGACCCCGAGCGUCUUGCCGUGACUGCCUCAACCGGUCUGGCGGCCUGCAACAUCGGGGGCAUGACUCUGCACAGCUUUGCGGGCAUCGGUCUGGGCAAGGACGACGCGCAGACACUCGUCAAGAAGAUUCGGCGCAACCCGAAAGCCAAAAACCGUUGGAUGAGAACCAGGGUCUUGAUCGUCGACGAGAUCUCAAUGGUGGACGGCGACCUCUUUGACAAGUUGUCACAGGUAGGGAGGAUCAUCCGCAACAAUGGCCGUCCAUGGGGCGGCAUCCAACUCGUCAUCACAGGCGACUUUUUCCAGUUGCCACCCGUUCCGGACAGCCACAGCAGGGACACCAAGUUUGCCUUCGAGGCGGCCACUUGGAACACCUCGAUCGACCACACGAUCGGACUGACCGAGGUCUUCCGUCAAAAAGAUCCAGUCUUUGCUCAAAUGCUCAAUGAGAUGCGUCUCGGUCACAUUAGUGAGCAGACUGUUGAGACCUUCAAGAAGAUGUCCAGGCCGAUCCAUUUCGAUGACGGUCUGGAGGUCACCGAGCUAUUCCCCACGAGGCAAGAGGUUGAGAACUCCAACCAGAGGAGACUGAGAGAGCUUUCCGGUGAGGCCCACCGAUACGAGGCACUGGACUCCGGAGACCCCAACGUUCGUGACAAGUUGUUGGGAAAUAUGAUGGCCCCCAAAGUACUAGAGCUCAAGAAGGGAGCGCAGGUGAUGUUGAUCAAAAACCUGGAUGAAACCCUUGUGAACGGUUCCUUGGGCACCGUCAUUGGAUUUUCGACAGAGAGCGCGUUCGAGGUCUCGGGCGGUCUCUUCGACGACGAGAACGAGGCUGGAGAGGGUGUGGACCCGAAGGUCAAGAAGAGGCUCGCCGCGUUCAGUCGCCAGCUGUCCGAUAACGCCGGACCUGACAAGAAGAAGUACCCACUGGUGCAGUUCCACGCCGUUGAUGGAACAGCCAGGAUCAUGCUUUGCUGCCCCGAGCCGUGGAAGGUGGAGACACCAACCGGUGAGGUGCAAGCGUCGCGGGAGCAGCUGCCCCUUAUCUUGGCCUGGGCCCUCUCGAUCCACAAGGCUCAGGGUCAGACUCUUGCGCGGGUCAAGGUUGAUCUGGGCAAGGUGUUUGAAAAGGGCCAGGCGUAUGUGGCUCUCAGUCGAGCGGUCACCCAAGAGGGUUUGCAGGUCCUUCGCUUCGACCGAAAAAAGGUCAUGGCGCACCCUCGCGUCGUGUCGUUUUAUCAAAAGCUGUACAGCGCGGAGGCCGCCGUCAAAAAGAAGCCCAGCUCCUCCAUUGCGAGCUUUGCGUUCAAGCAACCGAAAUCAACUAAGCCCACAAGCAUGGCGUACGAUGAUGAUGAGGAAGAGGCGAUGGCAUCAUAUGGAUAUUAGACUUGGAGGGGAGUUCUGUAUGAAGAACCAGGAGAAUAAUAUACCCUUACGAGGAGUGUUCGAGGCAUGGUUUACGAGAUGUCGUUUGGGAGGCGUCCCUGGAGGCAAAGGGGCGCAGGUGUGUACUUAGAUGUUUAUUGGGCGUUGAACGCCCCUCAUAUGCCCAAUUCAUCCUGGACUCUAACUCUCUAGCGAACCAAGGGCCCGUGCAAGAAGAGUCUCAUGAAAAUGGAUCAUCUACGGCAACGAAAGCUCUUUCACGUUUUCAAGCGUAUAUAGUGCCGUAGAAGAGGUCGAGGUAGUAGAGCACUACCUGCAGCAAAUAUUCAUCCGGUAGAAAAA